AUGUCGCAAGAUCAUGCCUGGAUCUCUGCUACCGAAUGCGGCCCCCUUGUUCUCAAGUUCAACGUCAAAUAUCGCAACAGCCAUCUCCAUCUAGCGGCUAAAGCCAAUAUUUGCGCUCUUACACAGGAUUUACUGCUGUACGGCGCCAAUAUUAACGCCUUCUUCCGGGGGAAAACUGCCUUGAUGAGAGCGAUCAAGUAUUCGUCGAGGGAGGUGAUUAAACUUCUACUGAAUCAGCCAGAUUUGAAAGGGACCUAUGCGUCCGUAGAGAGCGUGUUAAAGCGGCCCGGGCUUAACGUAAACAUCCGAUAUGAACAAGGCCGAACCCCGCUUCACCUAGUAGUUUUCGGGGGCCGAAUUAGAGUGGCAAAAUUGCUGUUAUCUCAUGGAGAAGACCGAGAUAUCAAGGAUCAUCACGGCUACUCACCAAGAGACUGGGCCUGCCACGCAAACAAGGCCUCGAUGAUAGAGGUGAUGUCGGUCGAUCCGGCUUGCCUAUCAGCCUUCGACCGGCAUAACUUGGACAGCGAUGACCUAUCACUACAUCAGGCUAUGGCCCAUGGGUCUCUGAAUGCCGUCAAGCUACUCCUCGGGCAGAAGAACCUCGAUCUCGAGAGGUAUGAUCAGAAUGGUGACACGCCGCUUCAUCUUGCAGUCCGGAUGAAACCCCUGGAGCUCGUUGAUCUGCUUCUUGGCCAUCCACGUAUCAACGCGAAUUCUACCAACAGGGAUGGCAAUACGCCGCUGUGGGUGGCUUCACGCUCGCAGUUCGCGGAAAUCACCAGAAGGUUUCCCGGGCACAAAGACGUGGACAUUAACUUCGUCGGUAGUCGCGGCAAGUAUGGGGAUUCCUCGAGCUCUCUACAUCACGCCGUAUGGAGAAUGGAUACGUCAAUUUCACAGGCCUGCCUUGCGACACCAGGGGUGGACGUGAAUAUUCUAGCUGGACGGCGAUCUCCUUUGCAAGUCGCUGUGCAAUUGGGACGAAUUGAUGCUUUGAAGAUGCUUCUCAACUUCCGCGGCAUUAACAUCAAUCCGAGAGGCGGAGAUCCACCUCUAUGUUAG